GCGAAGCUGGGAAAAGAUUGAGCUCCCGGGCUUGGCGGAGGUGAUCCGGUUCAUGUCCCGCCACCAGCAGCAGCACUGGGUUGCAUUCUCCUUAGACGUCAAGAAGGCGCACAAGCGCGUGAAGGUGGCGCCCUCCGAGCAGGACUUCUCAGUGUUCACUGCAGUGGAUCCCCAGAGCCGCACACAUUGGUUGGUUUAUUUGACUUGUCAUUUCGGAGGUGCGUGGAGUGCGUACUGGUGGUCUCGCGUGGCGGCUGGGUUCGUUCGGCUUUGCCACAUUCUGUUGCACAGCUCUCAUUUUCUGUCCAUGUAUGUUGACGGCGAGCUCUCCUUGUUCCCAGCGGCGUCAGCCACGUUGAUGGCAUGCGUUGAGGUUAUGCUAGCCUGCAGCCUCGGCGUCCCGCUGUCAUGGAAGAAGAUGUCCCUGGGCACCACGCUGAAGUGGAUUGGCUGGUUACUACAGUUCGAUGGUCAGCCGUGCGCUACACUUUCGGAAGACAAAGUUUUGCGGCUAGAGGCAGGGCUGAGAGCCGUCACGCAGAGGCUGUGGGUGCGGCGGCGUGAGUUCGAGUCACUGGUUGGUCUGUUGUCGUGGUAUACUUGUGGUGCCCGUUGGUUAAAGCCGUGGAUGGCGAUGUGGUUCCAUAUGCUGUUGAAACCAGCCAUGCACUUCUACAACCUUGACGGAGAGCAGUUAUGGGAACUCCAGCGUCUGCUCGACGCGGAUCUGCGGGUGACGCGCUGUGCCACUCUUUCCGAUGUACAAACUGGGCGGCGCUUAGCGGAAUGCGGCGGCAAGGUGGCCAAGGAGUCGUCUGACCUGAGCAGAUGUCGGACCAAACAUGGCCGUGCGUCCGCCCAAGUGCGGCCAUCUAAGGAUGAGGCUUGUGUAGCUGCUUUCUUCCUGCAGCUGAUUUUGGGGCGCGUGCCAGUGCAUUUAGUCGAGACCCCAGCGACACAAUGUGUGGCGGCGGCAGAUGCCUUUGCCAGCUCGACUUGUGCAGGCAUCGGUGGGUGGUGGAUGCCGAACGAAGCGCAGCUGGCAGUGUCUUCCAUUUGCUGGUUUUCCAUGUCUUUGGAUAAGUCAUCCCUGCCCGAGUGGUUCGUGCCGAAGGGUGCAGGGUUGCAGGAUGUCAUUUCCUCUCUGGAGGCCCUCGCUCAGCUAGUGUUGCAGGUUCUACAGCGACAGGAUCCCGAGUCAUUCGCUCGCCCAACGUGUGAUAACCUGGGCGUCGUGGGCGCGUGUGAAAAGGGUCUCUCCAUGAAGCAACCUUUGGCUUCGGUCCUUCAAGCCACGGCCCUCUUCUGCAUGAAAGA